UGGAUUAUUUAGACAGUUUACACAUCAAUAUUGAACCUAAUCUUAUCAUAAGAUUCUCUGUUGAGUUCUCGUAUCAAUAGUUACUACAUCGAACUCACAAGGGUACCCCGGAAAACUUCACAGAAGGUGUUUUCCGGUGGCUUGAUCCAUCGGCCUCGAAGCCGUGCUGCCACCCAAAUCCCCAGCUUAUCUUUUCCACUGGACUUCUCUAGUGGACCAUCAUUAUCAUCUCAAGCCGGAAGCUAGCCCGACUCCAUGGGGAAUAUGGAGUUUGGUCCCUCACGUGAUCGGAUCAUCGUGUGGAGAAGUUUUGCACUCAAACUCCGGAACCAUCCCGAGAGAAUAACAACGCUCAAGUCCCCGCGUCCUCGGCGUUUCAGCCCAUUCAGUCCCAGACUCUCGGUCGAUUCUUCCAUAAGCUUCUUAUCUCUAGAGUCAGAUCAUCUCGUUUCUAGAACCUCUCAAUGACCCUCGUGGCCGACGACUCAACUGCCUCGAUGGCUCGGAAGCGUCCGGCGCCCUCCGAUGGGGGAAAAGAUGCACGCAAAGCAUCAUUGGCGUGUCUUACAUGUAGGAAGAAAAAGGUUCGGUGUUCGGGGACUACUCCUUGCCAGUACUGCACCAAGCGUGGAUUGGACUGCAGGGUUCCCGAGCAUGGACAUAAGCGCAUGUAUAUGGCCAAUCGUAUCGAGGAACUUGAGAGCAAAUUGGCUAGAUAUGAAAGAGAUGGCUACGAUGGACUGCCUUCAACUCUACCUCCUAGGGCAUCUGAACCCCCAGUUUCUGCUACACAGAACGGCCAAAGGAGAGACUCCAAUUCUAACCCACAAACAUCUCACUCCUCCCCUCAAGACCCUCUCCAUGUUAGAUCAAGAUCCUCCAGCUUCAUCCGCCCUUCUACAAGUUUCUCCGCACCCCUAGCUCAACAUAAAUAUCCUCCUUAUGAUGGCACUCAAGCAUCACCAGCUGCAACUAUCCUUGCUGGGUCUUCCCUAAGCUCUAGUCAUACUUUUGGCUCCCGAGUCCAGGAUUUACUCGGCUCGUCUCGUCCCGAGUCAGAGCCGACUUCAAAACCCUGGAUCAGCCCUGAAGCAAACUUACGUCACGAGGUUAUCAGCCAUCCAUGGCGUCUCUCCAGCAGUGACUUUCCAAAGUUGCCCCCAAGAGAUGAGGCUCAACGGUUGUUAGAUACAGCUCUGUUCUAUAUCGGCCAGUCACAGCAUCAUAUUGACGCUCGUGAGUUUUCUGAUAAAAUGUGGGCUUUCUACCAGAAUCGUGAUGAUCCUGCUCAGAUGGAGUCUCUGUGGGUUCUCGAGAUGAUUCUUAUGAUUGCUAUUGGAACCCUGUUCGACGCCAACCCCGAGGGGAAUGACGACUUUUCUGGGGUCAGACUCUUUGAGUAUGCCCAUAGAAACGUUCCGACGUUGUCAGACUUGCGAUUCAAUGGAAAACUUGGUAUUGAGAUUUUUGCUCUCUUUGCCAUCUAUCUCGGCAACAUGAAUCGUAAGGAAGAGGCAUAUCUCUAUAUUAGCACCGCCAUGCGCUUGGCAAUUUCACAGAAGUAUCACAGAGUAUGUGGAACAAGGCACUUGAUGCAGUCUGAGAGAGUUCAUAUGAACCGUCUCUGGUGGACUAUUUACAUGCAAGAACGACGUUUGGCUGCAGCGACAGGCAACCCUCCGAGCAUCGGUGAUGAGGCAAUCAACAUCCCUCUUCCCACUGAUUCACCUGGCUUCCCACCUGUUGGCCCGAUGUGCACAAACAUCAGGAUCGCCCGAGCCACGGGUCGUAUCUUGGCUGUGCUCUAUAAUCCUGAAGACGAGUCAGAAUCUACCUUUAUUCCUCACGUCCAAGAUAUCGUCAAAUCCUUAUACCAGAUCUCCCAAGAAAUCCCUUCAGAUGCAGUUACAGAUGUGUAUAACUUGGGUCGGGACCAGUCUUUGAGAACGACUGCUUCAUUGCAUCUGAUGCUCUUCCAGGCAACAAUUCUUACGAUUCGACCACUCAUGCUACAUGCCGCGAAACUCAUUCUCAGCGGAAAUGGCCUCACAGGAGAACAGCUACAUGCUUCACCUCUCGGAAGACUAUCGAGGACUUGCGCUGAGGCUGCAAGGCGACAGCUCAAGGUUGUCGCCACGCUCAGAAAACGCAACAUGAUCGCAAUCUUCGGCUUUUACGACUUCGAAGCCUCCUUCUCAGCUGCGUUCAUCAUGAUUCUCGCUGCGAUCCUGGAUUCAGUCUGUGAAGAGAGUAUGAAAAUCAACCCCAAGCCCGGCUUGACCCAGGCAUUGGAAGAAAUACAGCACCUUGCUGACCAUGGAAACACGUAUGCUCGCGAGAGAUUGCAAGAGGUCAAGAGACUAUGGAAGGUAAUGGCACAAAAGAUCGAGUCACUACAAGUGGUCAACGUGUCUCCUCAAGGCCCACCUGGUGAAGGCCAAACUACCAACGGUGUCGCACAAACCAACGGUGCAACCCCCUCUGGUUUCGGCGGCCUUCACCGUGGCGAGCUCCUCCCAGGAGACCAAAGCCAAACAUCGCCAGAAGAUUUCAUGCCUCUCGACACAGACUUAUGGGACAACUUCUCUAACCUCUGGGUUCCUAUGCCUGAAGUCGUAGAGGGGGGCUCACAGCAGGAGAUGAUGAUGGGGGAUAUUCCGACUGAUGACUUCUAUAAGCAUUGCUAUUCUAUGUAUAAUAACCCGGACUGGGAUCUUACGGGUGAGGAUGUCGGGGACUUUGCUGAGCUUGGAAGACAUAUUCAGGAUUCAUGAUGGCAGUUUUUGGGAAAGAAAAGUUUGAUUGGGCAUUCAACUACCCUAAUACUCGUUUUUAAUGUCGGUUUUUGGUGGGACAUAUUGCUCAACCACGAAUGCAUACAUGCUUGGAUAAAAUAAAAGCUGGUUACUUGAUGAAAUAAGAUCAAUCGAUCGCGUUGUCCUAAGUAAUAAAAGGACUUAUGAAUUUAG